ACCAAAGCUUCUCUCAGUAACUCCAUUCCAAGAUAUAUAGAUAUAGAAAGAGUAAUCUAUAUAUAUAGAGAGAGAAAAUAUAUUGAAGUUGAACAACACAGAACAGAGCAGCACAGCACUGCGCAAGACAACACGUAGUUUAAACUGGCAUAGUCUCUAACUCAAAAAAAAGAGCUGAAGCUUCCGUUGAUUACUCCCAUAAAACCCCAUUCUUCAUUUCUUCUUCUUCCAGUCUCUAUACCCCAACCCACCUCAUCCCCAUUGACUACAAAUAUACACAAGCUUCUGUCUACAACAAUGGCGAGUACAGGUAGCGAUGGGUUUGAGGACGAAGAUUUCAAUUUGAAUUCAUUUUUUUCAUAUGAGAAUCCUCCGAAAAUGCUGUGUUUGGGAGACUAUGGUAAAGAAUGUGAUUUGAAGAUGGUGGAGAGUUCUAUUAAAACGGCUGAAAAAUCUGGAGUUACAUGCAGUGAUUCAUCCUCGACCUCUUCAACAAAUUACAUCAGCGAAACUAAUACACUGCUAAAAUCUAAGAAGAGAAAUUGGCCGGGAUGUACAGAAUCCAAUCUGAACUCCGGCGUUAAUACCGAAGCUCCGGCAGGAACUCAGAAGUACUGUAAGAAAACCAAGUCGGAAAACUCAUCGGUGGUCACCAGCAAUGCAAAGGUAAAGAAAGAGAAACUUGGUGAAAGAAUCACAGCAUUGCAGCAACUUGUGUCACCCUUUGGCAAGACAGAUACAGCAUCAGUACUUCAUGAAGCAAUGGGUUAUAUCAGGUUUCUGCAGGAUCAGAUUCAGGUUCUGUGUUCUCCAUAUAUUCACUCUCUUCCUGAGGGCAAAGAAAUAAAGGGGAAGUGUGUAACUAAAACAAGAAAUGAUCUAAGGAGCAAAGGACUGUGUCUGGUCCCUGUUGAGUUUACCCUACAUGUAGCAGACUCCAAUGGUGCUGAUUUUUGGUCAUCUGCUACAAUGUACAAUCUUUUGUCAAACUAAUGAAUUGUCCCUUCAACUUUUUCUCUCUGGGUUGGACAAGAUCGUGGUUUUAUGCUGAAAAUUUUGCCCUUUUCGACAAUACAAGAAAACAAUGAAUUUUGGGUCGGUUGUGGAAAUCCUUUGUUAUCGUAAUUCUCAGUUUAGUUACUAGAUGUGUAAUGGAAAAUGAAUGGAAAUAUGGAGUUAAAAGUCACGGUAAAAGUGAAAAAGGAAUGAAUGGUGAAAUAUGUGAGCAGUGAAAUGUUUGUUUUUCAGUCCAUUUUCUGGGUGGGGAGAGAAAUUGUGGAGGCAUUUAAAGAACAUAUCAAUAUUGAUGUCUGUUAAUUUUUGGUGUUUUUGGAAUGUUCAAACUUUGGAAGUCUCUAUAGUUUGCAUUU